AUGAUUAGUUGGCCGCGCCCACGCGCGCUUUGGUGUUCAAUUGUUCGUGGACCCAGAAUCUUUGCGGAGUUCAUAAACACGCCCGUGUGCAUCCUUAUUUGCCCGGUUUUUCAUGCCACCGAACCUCGGUUGCAUAAGGGACAGCACAAUCACUACUAUCGCAUCAUGGCCGACACCGACAUGGACACCUUUCUCAGUCUGAUUAGUGAGGACAUAGAGUUCGACCCAGCUAUAAUCAAGGACGUGCAACACUCGCUGGAGAGAAACGCCCAGCAGUUUGGGCAACAGAGGUCCUCCAGCGCCACACACGAGCCAGUAGCAGACCUGUCAAGUGAUACCCAGCCAGAUAAACUGCUAGCAGUUCAAUCGGGCCAAGCAAGACGCCCGGUUGUCACCCAAGCACCUGCCAACACCGCGCCUAUUCUGCACAGAAAACAACCAGUGCGUUCCGCCGAUGACGUGAAAGAUCUAGCGGCAUGUGCAGGGGCCUUGUUGGGGCCCCUGGGGGACGACGCCACCGCCGACCUCCAAGCCCUCGCCACACAACUGGCGCAGGAGGCACCAGAAUCAUUGGUGGCCAGGACUACUAAGGAGUAUGCCGCCACGUGGCGCCAGUAUCGCUGCUGGUGGGAGGCUCACAAUUUUCCGGGCGACAUCUAUUCCACUCCUGGAGAGCUGGUAGCUCUUUACUUGCUGUCCCUGCUGAACACGUCUCAGGCUGAUGGUGUUGGGCCCGGCCGUGUUCGCCUGGCUAGUGUGGCAAUCAGCACCUACUUCCGCAUGGCAGGAAAAGCAACGCCCACAGAUCACACUGCAUGUGGCAUCGUCCGGACUUUAGCGGAAAAGCGGCUCCAUGAACGCCUGCUGGCGCAAGGUGGCUACUGCAGAAGACCAUCGACAGCAGAUGUAGAUGUGGGACCGCUUCUCAGACCAGUCCAAUGGAUGCAGCGUGGUGGAUACCUCUCGGGCCCACUGACUGGCACAUGGGAGGCACCAGUGCACUCCUUGUCGUACGCGGCUUUCCGCACACGGCUACUGAGAAUGGUAUCCCUGGCAGGCAUCACGCAUCACAUCAAGGCGCACUCCAUGGGCAUAGGUGCAGACCGUGGAGUGCCGGCAGAGUUGCGCAAGGCACAUGGCUGCUGGCGCACAGAUGCCAUGGUACAGCACUACACGCGGUGCGACACUGCGGCCAAACUGGAGGUCUCCCGCCGCCUUGGCCUCGCCAAUGAACGGGGGUGUGUUGGUCGCGCGGUAGUUGUGUGGCGGCUGAGUGUGAGUUGUGUGGCCCCUCAUCUUAUGGAUGGUGAAGGACGUGAUAACAGAAGCUUGCAAGCUGACCAUGAAAUAAGUUGUGGCGCUGUAGAUCCGCUAGAUUUGGUUGGAUGCUGGUGGAGUUCCCCAGGAAUCUCGUCAAAUAUCUCGAUCGAUGGUUUCCUAAUAGCAGCACUGGCACUGGCACUGUUUGAUACCGUUGAGUACCCCGAAAAGGAGGAGGUGGAUGAGUGGGGUGGGGUGGUGUUUGAGGCGCUGAGGGAUUACUUCAUGGAUUGCCUGAACGAGACGAAGCACAGGCACGAUUGCCAUCCACAGAUCGAUUUCGAGGAGGGCAAGGUAAUCAGAUGA